CUCGCAGCCAAGGCUGCAAAUAUUGUCGCCCUCUCCCGCUCACUCGGCUGAGGGUCAAGAUCGGUGCGAAGAAAUGCUCCCCGAAGCCUAAUAAUUGUGCAUCCCGCCGAAUGCCAUGUUCGAAUUUAGAAUCUGCUCUCAUUGCACGGCUAGUUUCAGUGCGGCGUUCGGCGAAAGCGAAUAUUGGCAUCGAGAUCUCCAUAUUUCACAGUCCGAGAUUGCGAUGACGGGCCCACUGCUGUGGCAGAACCUCAAGGUGUUCGUCACCCGCUACCCGAUAAUGCGCGGCAUGAUAUCCUACAGCCUGAUCUGGCCCACUGGCAGUCUCAUCCAGCAGACCGUGGAGGGCAGGCGCUGGGGCACCUACGACUGGUGGCGCGUGCUCCGGUUCAGCAUGUACGGCGGCCUCUUCGUGGCGCCCACUCUCUACGGCUGGGUCAAGAUCUCCAGCGCCAUGUGGCCGCAGACGUCGUUGAGGACGGGCGUCAUCAAGGCGGCGGUUGAGUCGAUCUCUUACACCCCGGGCGCCAUGACAUGCUUUUACUUCAUCAUGAGCCUGCUGGAGUCCAAGACGGUGGAGGAGGCGGUGGCCGAGGUCGGCAAGAAGUUCCUGCCCACCUACAAGGUGGCACUGUCCGUAUGGCCUCUGGUGGCCACCAUCAACUUCUCCCUGGUCCCCGAGCGCAAUCGUGUGCCCUUCAUUAGUGCCUGCAGCCUGUGCUGGACCUGCUUCUUAGCGUAUAUGAAGCACCUGGAGCACCAUGAGGUGGAAGGCGCUAUUUAGUGAUCGUAUUGUUUUAAAAUAUAAUGGUAGUUAAAAUAA